UGACGUGAAAAAGCCAAUCGCGCUCCUCCUCCACACGAGCAACGAAGAUGGCGCAGGACGGUACGGUGCCCAGCGAUCUCUUCCAGCAUGUGUACUCGUUCCUCGUGGAAAACAAGUUCGCAAAAGCCGCGAAAGAGUUUUUAAAGCAGGCUAAAGUGAAACCUCAAGACCAGAAUGAGGACAAUCUCUUGGACAUCUUCAAUUUUUGGGUGAAGUCCCCAGAAACCAAAAAGCGUAAAGCAGUCACCAGCGGCCCUUCGGCGGUCAACGGCCCAUCAGCCAAGAAAGCAAAGAAAGAUGCGGUGAGCUCAAGUAGUGAGGACUCCAGCAGUGAAGAAGAAGCUGCAGCACCUGCCAAGAAAGUCGUACAAGCGAAAGCUCCUGCUCCAAAGAAGCCAGCGGCUGUAGCUGCUAAAAAGAGCAGCAGCUCUGAAGACUCCAGCGACUCGGAGGAUGAAGCUCAGGCUAAAACAGCAGCGAAGAAGCCUGCCGCUGUGAAACCUGCAGCACCGGCCAGGAAGAAAGACCCCAGUUCCAGCAGUGAGGAGUCAGACUCUGACGAGGAGCCGGCCAAAGCUCCAGCUAAAGGAGCAAAGGCCAAGCCUGUGGCAGGGACCCCCAAACCGGCGUCCACUCCAGUGUCUGCAGCUCAGAAGAAACAGGACAGUAGCAGCAGCGAGGACAGCUCUAGUGAAUCUGAGGAUGAGGGUCCAGUUAAGACAGCAGUAAAAGCACCAGUCCCAGUGAAGACCCCUCCAGCUAAACCUGCAGCCCCUGCAGAGUCCAGCAGUGAGGAGUCAUCCUCAGAUGAGGAAGAUGCCCCUCCUACUAAGAAACCCAAGACUGGACAAUUCAAUGCCGUCCCGCCCCCUGGAACACUGACCGCUCGUGCUCCAGUCAAAGCUCCUGCAGCUCCAGCUAAGACUGUGACUCCCAAAGCUACUGCUAAGAAGGACUCAUCCAGUUCUGACAGCUCUGAUUCAAGUUCAGAGGAUGAAGCAAAGAAACCAGCUGCUAAAACUGCUCCAGUUAAAGCAGCCCCAGCUAAGAAAGCACCUACAAAGGUCGCUCCUGCUCAGAAAAAGGACUCUUCAAGUUCUGAUUCUUCAAGCUCAGAGGAUGAAGCAGCAAAGCCUGCUGUCAAAAGCACACCUGCAAAAGCAGCAUCUGCUAAAUCUACACCUGCAAAAGCAGCAUCUGCUAAAUCUACACCUGCAAAAGCAGCAUCUGCUAAAUCUACACCUGCAAAAGCAGCAUCUGCUAAAUCUACACCUGCAAAAGCAGCAUCUGCUAAAUCUACACCUGCUAAAGUCACCCCUGCUGCAGACGAGGCUUCAUCUUCUAGCUCUGAAGACUCGGACGAUGAGGAGGAGGAGGCCAAGAAACCAGCAGCUAAAGCUGUCCCAGUUAAACCUGCGCCAGCCAAGAAAAUGCCAGCUAAAGUCAUGCCCACAGCAAAAGAAUCGUCGUCAUCUAGCUCGGAGUCUGAGGAAGACAAACCGGCCACAAAACCCACCCCAGCCAAGGCUGCUCCUGCUAAAGCCGCUCCUCCAAAGACGACCCCUGCUAAGAAAGAGGAUUCCUCAAGUUCAGAUUCAGACAGCUCUGAAGAUGAGGCCCCAGCGAAACCAGCAGCCAAGUCCAAGGCUUUGAGCGCUCCUAAACCUGCAGCCAAGCCCGCCGAAUCUAGCUCUGACUCGGACAGCUCUUCAGAUGAUGAGGAACCUCAAAAGAAACCUGCCGGCACACCGGUAUCCAAACCUGCUACCCCAGCCAAACCUGCUCCAGCCAAACCUGCUCCAGCCAAACCUGCUCCAGCCAAACCUUCCAGCCAAACCUGCUCCAGCCAAACCUGCUCCAGGGAACCUCAAAAGAAACCUGCCGGCACACCGGUAUCCAAACCUGCUCCAGCCAAACCUGCUCCAGCCAAACCUGCUACCCCAGCCAAACCUACCGGAAACCAGCGGCAAGAACCGCAAAAGAAAGCCGCCGCCACCACACCGGCAUCCAAACCUGUGGCUAAACCGUCCGCUAAAGCCGCUGAAAGUAGUUCAGACUCGGACAGCUCCUCAGAUGAGGAACCGCAAAAGAAAGCAGCUGCCACACCUGGUACCCCAGCUAAACCUACUAAGAGCCCUGCCUCCAAACCAGCUGCUCCAGCCAGUAAGAACGCAGCUGAGUCCAGCAGCAGUGAUUCGGACCGCUCCAGUGAAGACGAGAAGAAAGUAAAGACUACUGUGACACCCAAAGCAGCAGCAGCUAAGCCGGCCGUGACUCCAGCUAGCGCAAAGAAAGCCGAGAGCAGUAGCUCUGAAUCCGACAGCUCAGACUCUGAGACCGAGGCUAAGAAGACUCCCGCCAAGCCUGCAGUCACCAACGGAAAGGCUGCUGCAACAAAAACACCCACCUCAGCAGCGAAGACGCCGGCUAAGAAGACAGCAGAGUCUUCAUCCUCGAGUGACAGCAGUUCUGAUGAAGAGGAGUCUCCUAAAACACCAGCAGUCAAAACACCACCUGCUACAAAAGCACAGGCUGCUAAGGCCAAAGCAGACCGCAGCUCGUCUGAGGACUCUUCAUCUGAAGAGGAGGAGACGACAGCGACAACCAAGACUCCUGUCACAACAAACGGCACAAAGAGCAAAAAAAAGGGUAAAGAGGAAGAAACAACACCCAAGAACAAAAUCACCACCUCCACUCCUCAGACUUUUCCCAGAACCAAACAGAAGGAAAGCAAUGCUCCUUUUCGUAGAGUAAGAGACGAGGAAAUUGAAUUGGAUCCCCGCCUGGCAAACAAUUCAUUCGAUGCAAAGAUGGGAGCCAACGGUGACUGGGGCCAGAAAGCCAACAACGUGCUUAAAUUUACCAAGGGCAAAUCUUUCCGGCAUGAGAAGACCAAAAAGAAGCGUGGCAGUUAUAGAGGCGGUGCAAUCUCCACCUCAGUCAACUCCAUUAAGUUUGACAGCGACUGAGAUUACAAACUAAAUGAACUUCUGAACUCUCCAGAUCCGUCUUUCCCGUUUGUUGCUACAUCCGCUCUAAAAAGCACUGUUUUGAGCCGUCUUCCCUCUGUUCCUGCGCAGCUGCCGGUGUUCUGCUAUCUGUUGGGUAUUGACUGAAGCUGCAGGAAUGGAGGGGGUUGUGUAUUCACACUAUCUUUCAUGCAGUUAGACACCACUUGGUGGUGCCAAGUCAUCACGUUUAGGCCUUUUGAUUAGCUUGUAUGUAAAAAUGGUUUUGGCUUUACUGUAAAAUGUUUCUUAAAGUUGGCUUGACAAAUUAUAUACGGUUGUCCUAACAGGUAAUUGUUAAUGUACUAGAAAUGAGUGAUUUUCUUUGUGUCAUUGAAAUGUCAUUAUGGUUGCGUUAACAUUUUAUGAGCCUGUGUAUCUUGAGCCUGGUGAUUUUGUCCUCUUUGAAGAAGUUGUGUAGUUAAUGACUCCUCCCACUUCUGUUUGACAGACACUGGACGACCACCCUUAAAAUAACACAUGAAUCGUCCUCAUUCUUUAUAUAGUUUAGUUUUAAUAUUUUAUGGUUUCAUAUGUUAUGCAGGAUUUUGUAAUUUGGUCUCCUUUAUGAUCGGUCUUAUAACUGUAAUUAAAACAUGGACUGAAACUCAA